AUGGCCGAACAUCUCCAACUCUCUGUCUCCUCCCUGCAGUCCUCCCUGCAACUCCUCGACUCCUCCAUCUCCACUCUCGAUGCCGGUGUCAGCGACUUUCCCCGAAUGGCCAAGGUCCUGCAAACCACCCGCCACUUUGAAUUACUCCCCGAACCCACCCUCCGCGAGGCCCAGCAGUCCCUCCUCGACGAAAUCACCCCCAGUAUCGCCCAUCUCCUCCAACUAGCGUCCGACCACGUCGAGAAGCUCUCCCGGCGCGAGCAGGGACUCCGUGCAAAGUGUGAACUCCAGCAAGGCAGACUGUACUCUGCCGAGGACCGUCGUCAGCAGAAGCCCAAGCCCAGCGCUUUCGGCGACCGACAGCGCAAUGCAGCCAGUAACGCUGCCAAAGCGGCGGAGCUUCGGAGGUUGGUGCAGAAGAAAGAACGCCUGCAGUACGCGGUGGAGCGGCUGGAGCUACAGGGAAAACAGAGGGAACGGCAGCUUCGCAAGAGUAUGGCUUUCCAGUGA